AUGAUCAAUUUCCUCCUUUUUGUCUUGACGAUUUUGGCGACUUUAACAAACAUUUGGUUUUCUGGUGUUCUCUCCCCUGCCAUGGUGAUCCGGAUAUGUUUAGGUGGCUCUAUGGUAGUCCUUCAGAUAUGGUCAUUCAGUAGACCAAUAAGUAAUGAAACAUUCCGUACAAAACUUCUACUAGAGGUAAUAACUCAUAGACCAUCGAUAGCUGGGAAAGAAUGGAAAACCAUAACGUAUAACAUGAAUCAAUAUUUGUUCAAGGCUGGCUUAUGGAAAACACCAUACCACUUUUUUUGUGAACACCAGUGCUAUGAAUUUUUCAAGGAUCUCAUAAAGGGAAAAUAUCCUGAUGUACAGUGGGAUACAGCGAAUACACAGCCGUUCAUCAGUGUUCCAGAAAAUCAGGCUGCAACUCAAAAUUCUGAUGUUGAACCAACCGUAAAGUGGUGCCUCUUUAAAGCAGCCGAAAUUCAAGCCCAUGCUGUGCGGGAAUAUUGGCAAAGUCAAUAUCCAGAUGUGGGCAUACCUGCAAUAUGA